UGUUCCUUCAACUACAGACAGUUUAUGCGAGUGCUUUGAAAUGGCGUUGCUCCAUCACAAAUGUCUGUAUUUCUGAGUUGUUUAUAGUAACAGUGCUCAUGUAGUCGUCUUUUAAUCUUUUCAAACACUGCAAUAUACAUUUUGUGACUUAACCGACACACCCGGGUAUCAUUUGUGGGGGAAAAAUACAAUGCAGUAAGGGCUGUUUUUGAAUACUUUGCGCUGCAUAAUAAGGCCUCAACGAUCCUCAGCCUUUCGUAAGGAUUUCAACCGAUUUCGAAUGCUUGGCCGGUGGCCCCUCUGCAGCAAUCGGACAGUUUAAAUCCCGGUGCCUAAUCAUGGCGAAUACAAUGCACCAUGUGUGACAGAAAGCAGUGGGCUAGGCACCUAUUCCAAGUGAAGUGACACACCACAGUUAACCUGUUACUGGCACUGCCCUGUGCUGCUUCAGUACAAACGCCAUUUGAACUAUAUAUAUUUUUUCAGAGCUCAAUGCAACCGUAAACUAAUUCUCAUUGCAAACUAGUGUCGUUCUGCCAUAUAAUCACAGAGUAGAUUUAAGCCUAACUGUCAGUCAGUUUACACUCCCAGUAUGGCGUCUGUUCCAGUGUACUGCCUGUGUCGCCUGCCAUACGAUGUCACACGCUUUAUGAUCGAGUGUGACAUAUGUCAAGACUGGUUCCAUGGAAGUUGUGUUGGAGUGGAGGAAGACAAAGCAGCAGAGAUUGACCUGUACCACUGUCCCAACUGUCAGGUCACCCAUGGGCCCUCUGUCAUGAGGAAGCGGCGUGGAGGUACCAAGCAGGCUGAUGCUGGCGGAAGAGACACUUCUGGUCGGCCGGUAAAGACAGGCAGCCCGCAGUUUGUCAGGGAGCUACGAAGCCGCACCUUCCCAAGUGCUGAUGAGGUAUUGUUAAAGCCGUCGGGGGCCCAGCUGACAGUGGAGUUCCUGGAGGAGCGCUCAUUCAGUGUUCCUGUCAUGGUCCUCAGGAGGGACGGCCUGGGCAUGAACCUGCCCCCGGGGAACUUCGGCGUCAACGACGUAGAGCACUACAUCGGUCCGGACAGGGAGAUUGAUGUGAUUGACGUGUCUCGCCAAGCUGACCUGAAGAUGCGCCUAGGGGACUUUGUGGAGUACUACAACAGCCCCAACAGAGACCGAGUUCUCAACGUCAUCAGCCUAGAGUUCUCUGAGACCAGGCUGUCAAAUUUGGUGGAGACUCCGAAGAUAGUGAGGAAGCUGUCGUGGGUGGAGAACCUGUGGCCUGAGGAGUCCGUGUUUGAGCGGCCCAACGUCCAGAAAUACUGCCUCAUGGGGGUCAAGGACAGCUACACAGACUUCCACAUCGACUUCGGAGGCACCUCUGUCUGGUACCAUGUACUACGGGGUGAGAAGAUCUUCUACCUGAUCUCCCCCACGCCAGCAAACCUUGCUUUGUUUGAGCGCUGGAGCUCCUCGUCCAAUCAGAACGAGAUGUUCUUCGGGGACCAGGUGGACAUGUGCUACAAGUGCUCUGUCAAACAGGGGAACACGCUCUUCAUCCCAACAGGAUGGAUCCAUGCUGUACUGACUCCUGUGGACUGUGUGGCUUUCGGAGGGAAUUUCCUACACAGUCUCAACAUUGAUAUGCAGCUCCGAGCGUAUGAAAUAGAGAAGAGGUUGAGUACAGCCGACCUGUUCAGUUUCCCAAACUUUGAGACUGUGUGCUGGUAUGUUGGCAAGCACCUGCUUGACACAUUCAGAGGUCUGAGAGAGAACCGCAGACACCCUGCUACCUACCUGGUCCACGGAGCCAAGGCCCUCAACAACGCUUUCCGCACCUGGACACGCAAAGAGUCGCUGACUGACCACGAGGUGGAGAUUCCAGAGACCAUUAAGACCCAGCAACUGGUCAAGGACCUGGCCAAGGAGAUACGACUGGUGGAGGACAUCUUCCAGCAAGGCCGCCCUACGGCUCCUUUCACCUCUACACAGGGCUUCCCCUCGCCCCUCCCCAAAGCCUCCCCUCUAGCCAUCUCCCAGAGCCCUGGCCGCCCCCCGGGGAAGAAGAGAGGCCCCAAACCCAAGGAUGUGUCCCCCAGUCCCAAAAAGAAGGGCCAAAAGGGCUUAAUGAAAGAGGCAGGAGAGCUGGAUCUCCUGGAGAUCCACACCAAACACACACUGAAGAAAUGCCAAUCUGGUAACAAGAAAAACAAGAACAAGUUUGAGCUACCCUUGGAGGAGUUCCAGGGGAAAAUGAGCAAGAGCAAACUGAAGCUGGUGCUGACCAACGGCAAAAUACAGGGCAAGAAGGGUGGUCGUUCGGGCGGCAGUAACAGUGCCGGCCGUGCCCCUCACUUCCAGCACCAUGCUAUGGGAGGGUCUGCACUGUCAGACUUUGAGUCAGAGGACGAGCUACAGAUUGACGAGACACCUCCUCCACGACGCAAGGCUGGGGGAUCCAGCAAGAAGAAACUUAGUGGUCUUCCUAGGAAGCUGCCGAGGGCCAAGCCAUGCUCUGACCCCCAUCGCAUCAGAGAACCAGGAGAGGUGGACUUUGACAUUGAGGAGGACUACACCACAGAUGAGGAGGAGUCGAUGACUGUCCAUGGCGUGAAGGGUGGAGCAGGAGGAAUCCUGGACCUGCUGAAAGCCAGCAAACAGGUGGCAGGGCUGGACUCUGCACUCAGUGAGGAAGCCCCAGCCUCUCCCAGCACACGAGAUGCCAUCCAGGGCAUGCUCUCCAUGGCCAACCCUCCAUCCUCUUCCUCCUCCUCCUCUUCCUCCUCUUCCUCCCCUCGGUCUGUCUCCGGAGGGCUUUCUGAGGGCCUGGGCAUGGUCAAAGAGAAAGGGGGGCGGGCCGUGUGGGUGACAGGAGCCAAUAAGAGCAGAGGGGGAGGAGCCUCCAAAGAGAAGACAACUUUCCAACGCCCUGGGAAGCGGCCGGUCAAGCGGCCGGCCCGUCACCUUAGCGACGAGGACAGCCCAGACGAGCAGGAAACUCUGGGCACCUGUUUUAAAGACGCAGAGUAUGUCUAUCCCUCCUUAGAGUCUGAUGAGGAGGACCACGCCAACAAGGCCAAGAUGAAGAGGAAGAAAAACUGGGACGACACUCCUUGGAGCCCCAAAGCCCGGGUAACCCCCACCCUGCCAAAACAGGAGCGCCCAGUGAGGGAGGGGGCCAGAGUGGCGUCUGUAGAGACUGGCCUUGCUGCAGCUGCUGCCAAACUGGCACAACAGGAGAUCCAGAAACCCACCAAGAGGAAGUACACCAAAAAGCCCCGCCCCGUUGCCCCACCACAGCCACCUCCUCGGGCCGAGCCGCCCCUCCCUCCCCCCCCUCUAGCCCCGGAGCCUCCCACCCCUGACUUAAGCCCUGAGCAGAGGGUGGAGUGCUACUCUGCCAGCCUACUGGACCAUGAGUACACGGCAGGCCCUGGGGGCCCCAGAGGGAGUGCGGCUAUGGCUCCUGGGGUGUUCCUCACCUCCAGACGACCCUCCCUCUCCCCCCAGAACAGCAGCACUUACUCCCCCUCUACAGCCUCCCCCGCUGGGCUAGCUAGCCCCGGCAGCGCUGGAGCUGGUGGAGGGAAACGUCCAAAGAAAGGACUUGCAACAGCAAAACAGAGACUAGGAAAGAUUCUGAAAAUCCACCGCAAUGGGAAGCUUCUCCUGUGAGAGGUGCUUCGGGAGAUAUGGACGGAUGGAGGACAGAUGGAUGUAAAUUAAAGAGGACCUGAAAGACAUGACUGCUUUAAGAGAAACUGUUUAUAUUUUUUAAUCUAUAAUUCAAUUUUUUUUCAUCUGGUAUCUUCACCUGCACCUGUCAUUCACUCAUGUUCUCACUCUAUACCACUUUCCAGUCCUUAAUAAUUCAGAAUUGAUUGAAUCUAUAUAGCUGUUUUGUAGCGCUGAAAUAGUCAGCAUUCUACUUUGGUACUCUGCUUUCACAUUUGGUAUUAUUUAUACUUUGAUAUGAAAAAAUAUAUAUAUACACACACACUACCGUUCAAAAGUUUGGAGUCACUUAGAAAUUUCCCGGUUUUUGAAAGAAAAGCAUAUUUUUUUGUCCAUUAAAAUAACAACAAAUUAAUCA